CCACCAUUGUUUUCUGGAGAGGUUGAAGGAGAAGCGAGAGUUUCUCGGGGUUUUGCAGCCAGUUAAAUUUUUCGAGAGCACGUGAGCAGUUUUGAGUUGUGUGUAAUAAAAGCAGGGAAGUAACUGGUAACCAAAGGAAGCUGUGCUCUGGAGCAAGCUCACAUGCUGACACUGGCCAGACCUGCAGCAGCACACCAUGGAGCACACGUCCAAGGAGGGAAUGCUCUACUUACAAGGGAUAAAGUUUGGCAAGAAAAGCUGGAAGAGAACCUGGCUGAUGUUGUAUCCUGCAAGCUCUUACGGGAUUGGUCGUGUCGAGCUGUUUGACGUGCGGGAUGGGGCAGGCGGGGGAGCCCCUGCACCCAACAAACAAGGGGUGAAGAAGAGCGACAAGAAGCUAAUCCGCUUGACAGACUGCAUCAGCAUUACCCCCGCCCCCGGGGAGACCUGCCCCAAAGACUGCACUGCCUUCUACCUCAACACCACCCAGCGCACGUACGCACUGGCAUCCGAGAACGCACAGGACUGGGUGGGCAAGCUGUGCGAGCUGGCAUUCCAGAGUAAUGACAGCCAGAAACCAUUGUCAAGAUCGUCGAGUACAGAGGUAUCCAUGGAGGAAAAUGAGCUAUACUCAUCUUGGAAAAGAGCUCAGGAGUUCCAGGUGACUGUUCAGGUCACUGAAGCGUCACUCAGGUGUGAUCUGUAUGGAGAUUACAUUCUAGUGGCUAGCAAGGAGGACAUCACCCUGCUGGAGCCCCGAAGCAAACAGGUCCUCUACAACUGGCCCUAUCGACUGCUGAGACGCUUCGGCCAGGACAAGACAGCGUUCAUGUUUGAGGCAGGCCGACGGUGCAAGUCAGGGGAAGGGUAUUUCAUGUUCCUGUCCAAUAACGUGCCGGAGAUCUUCAGAGCCAUGGAGCAGGGCAUCGGGCAGGAGAAGAGCAAGAGGAGGAGUGCCUCUGAGCAGGAACUUGAGACUACACCCCAACACCCAGUAGAGGACUUCCUCCCUGCCCAGGAACACAACAAUCCCAGGGCACCUCUGGUCCUCAAUCAGGGGGGCAAAGUAAUGAAAGAACAAACUCCAGAGCUCCCUCAGAGGAAGUCUAUGAACAUCAACAAACCAGCAUGGAACGCCUUACUCAAAGACAGAACCAAGAUGAACCAAGAAGAGGAGUCUGGGACAAUGUCUGCUACUGAGCCUCUCAACACAGUCUAUGCCACCAUACAGGAGAUUCAAUUGCAUUCUGCGGAACCAAGCCAAAGCCCCAUAAACCCAGACCAGGCGAGAAGCUCGAUCUGUAACUAUGGCUCUCCCUUAGGCUCUUUCCAAAAUGUGGAGAGUGAGGAAGGCAGGUCCGUUCAACUUCCCCCUGAAAGCUUGCACCACUACGCCCAGGUCAAACCCAUGACUGAAGAGCACCUGUCUGAUUUCCCUCUCUAUGACAAUAUGGGCUUUGAGAAACCCUGGUCUGGUCACAGACUGGAGCACCUCGAGAUCGAGCCUGAGGAGGACUCUCCCAGCCCCCAGGACUCCUACUCUCUGCUGAAAUCAGAAGAUCAUGAGGAAAAGAAUGGCUUUGAGCAGGAAGAAGAGGAAAUCAUCUAUUCCACCAGCCCCAGGUCGUGCAUCGUCACGGAGACAGAGAUCUCCGCCUGCUUCAAGCAGAGGCUCACUAACCUCUUCUCCAAGGAGAUGCCCAAGUUCACGCCCCCUGCACUUGUACCCAGAGACCUCAGCAGCGCAGACAAACUGAACUUUUAAUGUGCCAGACUUCAGCAGCGCAGACAGACUGAACUUUUAAUGUGCCGCGGAGGACUUGACUGUAUAAUGUGAAGAGGUCUCUGUGUGUGUGCAGAACAGUGAACUCUUCUUGCUCUGAAUGUGAGAUAGAGGGGAGACUAAUGAAUAAAAUAAUUUUGGACUGUC